UUCUGCCUGCCUGAUCUUCUCCUCGACCAGCCCAAGCAACUGACAGGCCUGCAUUGACUUCCUGACGGAUCACAGUAACUUUGUAGCUCGAAGAACAACUUAAGGUCAUUUCUUGUCAUAAAUACUCGCAUCAGAUGCGCAUAUAUCCGUCAGCCUUAACCUAAUGACCCAGCAAGAGCAGCAUGAGUUCAGGGAAAGUUUGGAGGAAGCCCUGUCCUGGAUGCAGGCCAUCCAGGAGAGGCUUAAACAAAAUGAUAACACACAAGGGCCCAGAUCAGCGCUGGAGGUCAGGCUCCGAGAGACAGAGAAAAUCCAUAGCUCAGAGCCUGAAGGCCAUGUGAAAAUGGACAGGGUGCUUGUGGCUUCUGAAGCUCUGCUUCGAAAUGGGGAUGAAGAGAUGAAGAAUCAGACUCAUUCUAAACUCAAAGAUCUAAAAGUGCUAUGGGAGGAGACGUUAACCUACAUCAUUCACUGUCACAGUCGUAUCGAGUGGGUGUGGCUGCACUGGAAUGAAUACCUGAAGGCCCAUGAGGAGUUUGGGAUGUGGCUGGAGAAGAUGCACAGGGCUCUGGAGCCCCUGCUUGAGAUGCAGCUGGGUCUCCAAGAGAAGCUUUGGCAGGUGGAUCAUCUGCGGGUCCUUCACAGUGACAUCCAAGCCCAGGCUCACUUUCUGGAGAGGCUCCUGGAUGAGGCUGCAGCCCUGUUCAACCGGACCGAGGACCCCAGUGUAAAUGAGCAGGCUCAGCAAGGUCUUCAAGAUGCCUACAACCACAUUCGAGACCGAGCACAGGAACGGCUGGCAUUGGCACAGAAGGUAGCUGAGGAGCACCAGCAAUACCAAAGUUGCGUUCAUAAAUUCCAAACCUGGCUGAUGUCUAAAACAGGAGAAGUCAGCCGUUUCAGUGAUAUGGAGGAUACGACACAGAAUAGGCUGAAAGCCCUGCAGGAGCUCAACGCGAGUAUAGCCAAAGAAGAACUCCCUCUCCAGCACAUUGAAAAGUUGUCUGAAGUGGUGAAGGCCUACACGUCUCCAGCAGGUGCGGAGAAGAUCACAAAAGAGAUGGAGGAGUUGAGGCUGGCCUGGCAGAAGUUACGCCAAGCGCUGGUGGAGAUUCAAGAAGAGCUCCAGAGCUCACUGGACUCUGAGAACGAGUAUUCAAACCGCUGUAAGGAGCUGUGUGCGGACCUGGCGCAGAUCCGAUCCCUGGUCCAGAACCUCAGCAGUGAGCUGGAGAGCAGGGAUGGAGAGAGGACUAAGGAACACUUGGUAGCUCAAUGGAAGACGCACACGGGGGUGCGCAACAAGCUCAUCGCAGAGGAGCCCAGGGUGGAACGGCUAAAAUCCCGGUUGAAAGAGCUAUUCCGAUUCCCACAAGAUUCUAAAAACUUGUCUGAUGAGGUGCUAGCAGUGGUGAAAGAGUACCAGAGUGUGAAAGGCAGAUCUACCAGGCUGUCCUCUGAAAGCGAGACAGCUCUCCGGCAGAUACUGCAGGACCCUCUGUAUGGCUUCAGCCAGUGGAGUCAGGUGGUUUCUCAGGUACUGGAGGCUUCCGCCGAGGUGACGGAGUUCUCCCAUAUCGCUCUGCUCGUGCAAAAUAUAGAGAAGUUACUUAAAAACAGCGUGCAGCUCCAGGAGCGCUUGAGUUUGCUCCAGGUGAAGAGUGAUCUGCUCAGCUCUGUUUUUGGCCAAGAGAAAGCUGACGAUCUGUUGGAAGAGCUCAGCGGGGAUAUGAGGAAGAGAGAGUUACUCCACAACCAGCUCCUACAGCGCAAGAACCGCCUGCAGGGUUUGAUAUCAAAGACGAAGGACUUUUCCGAUGCCUAUGACUCCAUACACAAAAAACUGACCUCCAUAAAGGAACGGUUCGUCAAGACGGAUGGACUUCAACCUGACAUUCUAGCCAAGAAGAGCCAGGCCGAUCAACUCCGGGUCAUUAGAAAGGACUUGGAAGAUUGUGAAGCCCAUAUCAUAGCUCUGGAGACGCUGGUUUCGUCCAACCCUGCAAACAGGACAAAGUUUGAGCGUCUAUAUGCAGACUGGAAAUUGCUUUAUAAGGCAGUUCGGAUGAAGGUGAAUGAAAGUGAGGAGAACAUUGCGGAACAUGAGAGUUUACAUGAAAAUAUUCUGAAUUUGGAGAAGUGGUUAAUGAUCAUGAGACAGAAGCUGGAGUCGUUUCGUGGAUCAGAUGGGGAAUGGAGCAUUGAUAACCGCCAGCAUGAGGCUGAGAGGGCGCUGGGAGAGUUUCCAGAGAAGGAACUUCAGCUUCAUCAGACGGAGGCUCAGGGUCAGACUGUGCUGGCCAGAACCUCUGAGAAAGGAAAAGUUCACAUCCUGCAAGACCUUAAACGUCUCAGAGAGUCCUGGACGUCCCUCCACACGCUUAGUCUCAAUCUUUACAGGCUUCUAAAUGGACAUGCUGCCACAGACGACCAAGAUUCCCUAUCACAGAGAAUUGGGUUCCUGGACAGAUGGGCAGAAGGGCAUCGUCAGGAAAUGGCUUCAGGCUAUGAAGUGGGACUUGCCACAGGUGACAAAGUCGACCAGCAUCAGAGAUUCCUGCACAGAUCAGAAUCAACAGAUCACCCAGAGCUGGAGAGCAACAUUGAAGCAAAUCAGGAUCGAAUUCAAAUUUUGGUCCCUGAGGGCAUCGCAAGACCUGGACGUUCAGAGGUCAGGAGAAGAGAAAGGACUUACCAAGACCGGUCCACGGAUGAUGAGGUGGAUGCAGUCAUGUCUGGAAGUGACCGUAUUGUGAACAGGAAGCAGAUAGGGAUAGAAGGCUCUUACGGAGGUGACUUGCUCAGGAGCGUUGGUCGGACUGGUGAAUGGGUUGAAGAACACAUGGCUAGCUCUGGGAUUGAAGACCUGGAUAUGCAAGGCAGAUAUGGCUUUUUGAGUGGGGUUGACUCUGAUGAUGCACAGAAAGGGGCGCGGCUGUCACAGACUAGUGCAACUAUUGGCUCAACUAAUGACAAUCAGAUGGGCUCUCAGGGGCCCCAGCAUCAUGCUGAUAUGGAGGCCCAGAGGAGGGAGUUUGAAGUGUGGCUUCACAAGGAAAAUGACAAACUCACAGGAAUUCUGAACAACCAAAGAUCCCUGAGCGCUAGAGAACUGAGGAUAAGACAGAAUACACUCAAGGGUUUACAUGCUGGUUUGGCCUGGGGUCAGAGUCAGUUCCAGAAACUGAUGGCUGGUCAGCAGAGUAAGGCGGCGGAGGAGGACAUGGAACUAGAAGAGCUGCGUUAUCGCUGGAUGUUAUACAAAUCCAAACUUCAAGAGGCUGGUGACCUCAGAGGACUGCUGAAACACAAGGGUGUCAGUGGACAAGAACAGGAGCUUGUCCGAGCUGGAAAGGCAAACAGCAGUCUGGGAUUCUUGUACCGUGUGUGUCGCGUGGCUCUUCCUCUCCAGCUCCUCCUCUUGGCUCUUCUGCUGCUGGCCUUCCUGCUUCCCAUGAUGGACGAGGGCACCAGCUGUUCACUGUCAAACAACUUUGCCCGCUCCUUCAACAUCAUGCUCCGCUACGACGGACCUCCGCCCACUUAAGCGCAGACAGUCGAAAGCAGCUUUUUUAAAUACGCCAAUCUGCUCUUGUGUUCAUGUAACAAAUACUUAUAUUUUUUAUCAUUGUUCCGUUAACGUUAAGUCAUUUUAUUUUUGGUUCUCAGCUGCUCCACCAUACACCCACCAGUGGACCCUGCAGAUCAGAAACUGUGUUUGUGUGUGAGAGAGUGAAAGAGUGAGUGGGUGGAUGGCAUAGAUGCUCACAACCUGCUCAACAUGAUUCAAGCUGUUCAUUUCUCUACAGGCUUUAGAGAAACCAAUGCAGCCUUUACAAAGAGCAAAACUCCCUUAAAGACAUCUUCUCAGGAGCCAUCGCAAAUUCCUUGCGUUUUUAUGUUCGUUCUAUAUUAUUGCUAGUCACUAAAUGUUAAAGGAUUAGUUCCCUUCAGAAUUAAAAUUUCCUGAUAAUUUACUCACCCCCAUGUCAUCCAAGAUGUUUACGUCUUUCUUUAUGAAAGACAUAAACAUGUUUAUGUCAAAAAGAAAUUAAGGUUUUUGAGGAAAACAUUCCAAGAUUUUUCUCCAUAUAGUGGACUUCACCAGUUACCAACGGGUUGAAGGUCCAAAUUGCAGUUUCAGUGCAGCUUGAAAGGGCUCUACAUGAUCCCAGCCGAGGAAUAAGGGUCUUAUCUAGUGAAAUGUUCGGUCAUUUUCAUAAAAUAAAUAAAAAUUAUACUUUUUAACCACAAAUGCUCCUCUUGCACUAGGUCUGCGAUGCGCCACGCAUUACAUAGUCACGUUGGAAAGGUCACUCGUGACGUAGGCGGAAGUACCAAUUCCAGUGUCUACAAAGUGAACAAACACUAAUUCAAACGGCCUUUAAAAGGUAGAACAAUAAUGUCGAAUGAUUUUAAAGUUGAAGGAGAAAAUGAGAUGGAGUAUUUUACCCUACUGCAGUACUUCCGCCUGCAUCAUGCAUGACCUUUUCAACGUGAUUACGUAAUGCGUGGCGGAUCGCAGAGCUAGUGCAAGACAAGCAUUUGUGGUUAAAAAGUACUUUUUUUUUUUUUUUAAAUGACAUUGUUUCGCUAGAUAAGACCCUUAUUCCUCAUCUGGGAUUGUGUAGAGCCCUUCAAAGCUGCAUUUAAACUGCAAUUUGGACCUUCAACCUGUUGGUAACCAGCUAUAUGGAGAAAAAUCCUGGAAUGUUUUCCUCAAAAACCUUAAUUUCUUUUCAGCUGAAGAAAGAAAGACAUAAACAUCUUAGAUGACAUGGGGGUGAGUAAAUUAUCAGGAAAUUUUAAUUCUGAAGUGAACUAAUCCUUUAAAAGGAAAGUUCACACCAAACCAUGAAAAUUCUGUCAUCACUUACUCAGCCUCAUGUCAUUCCAAACCUGUUUGACUUUGUUUUGUGAGAUUUUGUUUGUCAUUACAAUUAAAGUCAGUAGGGUCCAAUCAUUGGCAUUCAUUGUAUGGAUAAAAACAGUUCUUAAAAAAAAAAAAAAAAAUCUUAUUUUAAAAACAUGAGAGUGCAUAAAUGAUGUCAGAAUUCUCAUUUUUGGGUGAGCUAUCCCUUUCAAUAAUUUAACUGUGGUAUGUUUUAUAUUUAAACAGAAUUGUGCAUGUUUUUAUUCAUACCACUUGUUUAAAAUCUGCUGUUUUACUCAGGCCACUUAAAAAACUAAACUGUGUUUAAUAAUAGGAUUUAACUUACCACUGUGUUGCGGGUAUUGAUUCUGAUCUCAUUGAGUCGUGAUAGACAAGACUACCCUGUAAAUAUAAGCUCAGUUUAAAGUGUUCUUCAUAUAUCGGUGAGCUUUACAAGAGGAAAUGGUCAAAAUCAACACAGACAUUCCUGUGUCACUCCAUAACAAAGGUGCUCUGCACAUGCAUUCAUAGACAGUUUUCCUUCAACGGUUUUUGGAAAUUGAGAUCGCAGAAUCACAUUGUUGGGCUUUAGUUUUGGCAUUGGCUGGCCUCUGAUUGUUGUUAUAGGUUAUUGUAAGCGUGUUUUGCAGGCAUAGAUUAUGGAGUAAAAAUAGCUCUGUUUGGGGGAAAAUGUCCUUUUUUGAACAGAAUUUUGGAACUCUGUGACCUUCUUGGUCUGUUUUUCUUUUCUUUCCUUUUUUUUUUACAAGCAGUGUCCCAGCUGAGAAUUCGAAUGGCCCAAAACCAUCAGAGGUUGAGUUCAGUUAUUCUUUCAGGAUGGCUUCUUUAAGGUCAUGGUUUGAUGAAAGGAAUGCUUUGAUUUAUUUUUUGGUCCAGAAUGUAGGCUUCUUUGUCUUUCAGAGCUGGCAAAAGUCAAAACUCUUUUUGCAGCGUGAGACAUUAUUUAGAGGCUAAUUGCAUGGCUUUUCAGCUUUAAGUAGUGUUAAACAAACGCACAAUGCACUGAGCUGCUUUUAUCCUGUAGCAAAAUGCCAUUUUAAAAUCAUAUUCAGACCUCUCUGCAUAUCUAUGCUAUGCUAAAACUGUAAUAUCCGUUAAUAUGUGAUGCACUAUGUAAUGUUAAGUGCAUAGUCUGAAAGAGACUUAACAGAAAAUAUGCUGCAUUUUCUAAAAAGAAAUUGUAAUAUUGAAGCUCGGCUCUUCAAUUUAUUGCACUGCUUUAUUGCUUGAAUUUAAUCUCAUUUUAUGUCAAUGCAAACCCUUUAAUGAUCUAUUGAGGUUUCAUCAUUGAUACUGUGUGUUUCAUAUGGGUGCAAGUGCUAAACUGUACAAAAUUCUGUUAAAUGGUUCAAGAUCAUUAAACGUAUGCUAAUAGAGCUAGUUUACAGCACUAUGUGCAUGGGAGAGUUUUCUCAUUGGAGAAAUCUUUCAUUUGGAAAGAAAAUACUGGAAAUUAUUUUCGAAGACAGCUAACAAAAUUGAGAACAUGUAGAAAUUAUUGAGAUAACAUUUAGACUUCAAAUGCAUGAAGGGUUGUAAGACAAUGUAUUAACAAAAAAGGUUAAACAUUUAUUUUAUUACCAUAUUUUGAAUGAAACUUGUAUGAUGUAUCUUUAAACUGAUAAGUAUAUACAGUUAAAAAAAAAAAACAUAUAACCAGUAUUUUUGUAUUUUACUCCAGGCAAUAAACAUGCAGUGCAUUUUCA